GUAAAAGCAUAUAUUUUCAAGCAAAAAGCGUCACCUUUUUUCAUGGAAACUAAUCAUUUCACCUCACCCUCCAGCAAUGCUGACCAAACCAAAUCCAAUUUCUUAGAACUCUGCAAAUCCAGUUUCUUAGAAUUCUACAAAAAUCCAAAAACUUUCAUUCUGUAGUAUAAACUUUUACAGGAAUUCAAAAUUUUAGCAUUUUAGUGUUCUUCUGCAUUGGUGUUCGACAAAAUGUCUUUGGAAGAACAGUUAAUAAAAUCUGGGUUCGUCGACUCACAAUCUGAACCUCUGAAUCCAUCGUCGUCAUUGUCAUCCACUAAUCAAAUUUGUAGUUCUCCGGAUACUACUUACCGCAUUUUCGAAGAAUUACCCAAGGCAACGGUUAUUUCAGUCACGCGCCCUGAUGCCAUCGAUUUUAGUCUCAGAGUUCUUUCGUAUACCAUUGAAUUUCAGUAUAAAGAGUUUAAUUGGAUAUUACAAAAGAAAGCUUCACAACUUAUCUACUUACAUCUACGGUUAAAGAAACGUGCAAUUAUCGAGGAGUUUCAUGACAAACAAGAGCAGGUUAAAGAAUGGCUUCACUGCCUAGGAAUAGGAGAUUAUCACCCAACAGUCAUACAAGAUGAUGAUGAAGCUGACGACGAGAAUUUUCAUUUACAUCAUAAAGAAACCACUAAAAGCAGUUAUGUUCCGUCUCGUGCUGCUUUACCUUUUAUUACACCAGCUUUAGGAAGGCAAAAAUAUGUCAUGGAGAGAGCGAAGGUGGCCAUGCAAGAGUAUCUGAAUCACUUUCUUGGGAAUAUGGAUAUUGUCAACUCGAGAGAGGUAUGCAAUUUCUUGGAAGUUUCAAAAUUAUCAUUUGCUCCUGAGUAUGGACCUAAGUUAAAAGAAGGUUAUGUCAUGGUGAACCACCCAACAAAGAUUCCAAUGGAAGAGGAUGUUGCAGGAUGUUGUAUGGGUAAUUGGUUUAACUUUUGUAGUGGCAACUGGCAAAAGGUGUGGGCUGUACUGAAACCCGGGUUCCUGGCCUUGCUCGAGGAUCCUUUUGAUACACAACUCUUAGAUAUCGUUCUGUUCGAUGUAUUACCAACUUCAAAUGAAAAAGGAGAAAGCCAUGUUUCUUUAGUAAAAGAAUCUGUUGAGAGCAGCCUUUUGCAUUAUUCAUUUCUGGUGUCUUCGGGUAGCCAGAGUCUGAAUUUAAGAACUAGAACUAAAGCUAAAGUUAGAGAAUGGGUCACUGCAAUUAGCGACGCUGGAUUAGGAGCACCUGAGGGAUGGUGUUAUCCUCAACGUUUCGGUUCUUUUGCUCCACCUAGGGGUUUAACUGAAGAUGCUAGCCAGGCUCAGUGGUUUGUAGAUGGAAAAGCUGCAUUCGAAGCCAUCGCUCUAGCAAUAGAGGAAGCAAAAUCUGAGAUAUUUAUUACGGACUGGUGGUUGUGCCCAGAAUUGUAUCUUCGACGCCCUUUUAAUGCUUGUGCUUCCUCUCGGCUUGACUUUCUACUUGAAGCCAAAGCUAAACAAGGGGUUAAGAUUUACAUUCUUCUUUACAAGGAAGUUCCUAUUGUCUCAAACAUCAACAGUGCAGUUUGUAAGCAAAAGCUUCUCAGCAUUCACGAAAACGUGACAGUGUUGCGUUAUCCUGACCAUAUCUCAACCGGCAUUUACCUGUGGUCACACCAUGAAAAGCUUGUGAUUAUUGAUUACCGAAUUUGUUUCAUUGGAGGACUUGAUUUAUGUUUUGGUCGGUACGACAACUUUGAACAUAAAGUAGGUGAUUUCCCUGCGACCAUAUGGCCUGGCAAGGACUAUUAUAACCCGAGAGAAUCUCAACCAAAUUCUUGGGAAGAUACCAUGACAGAUGAACUAGAACGCGGUACGUGCCCCCGUAUGCCAUGGCAUGAUGUCCACUGUGCUCUUUGGGGUCCACCUUGCCUUGAUAUUGCAAGACAUUUUGUUCUACGCUGGAACCUUGCAAAGAGAAAUAAAGCGCAAAACCUGGAUACAAUUCCUCUACUUAUUCCUAGGCAUUACAUGGAAAGAAGCACAAAAAUUGAAUGUGAAAGUAAGAGCAAUGAACACGGUCGUACAGACAGUAUCAAACAGAAUUCUUUUUCGUCAUUGUCGCCAUUAGAGGACAUGCCAUUACUAUUUCCUGCAGAAGGUUAUGAACUGGAUGCAGAAAAAAAAGACCCAAACGUAAAUGGCUUCAAUAAAACUCAAGUUCUUACUAUCAGUCGAAGUUUUUCGGCCCCUUCCCCUGAUUCCAAGGCUAAGCCAAGCCAAUCAGGUAUACAAUAUCUAGAUGAAUGGUGGGGAACACAGGAAAGGGGUGAUCAGGUUGUUUCCUCUUAUGAAGCUCGACAAGUUGGCCCUCGCACUUCUUGUCAUUGUCAGGUUAUUAGAAGUGUCAGCCAAUGGUCUGCUGGAACAAGCCAAACUGAAGAUAGCAUUCACAAUGCUUAUUGCUCUCUUAUUGAACAAGCAGAACACUAUAUCUACAUUGAGAACCAAUUUUUCAUUUCAGGUCUUUCACAAGAUGAGAUGAUAAAAAACCGCGUCUUAGAAGCAUUUUACAAGCGUAUUAUACGAGCAGACAAGGAACAGAAGUGUUUUAGAGUUAUUAUUGUCAUACCACUUUUACCGGACUUCGAGGGGGGACUGGAUGGUAGUGGUUCAGCAUCUGCUAGAGCACUAAUUCAUUGGCAGUAUCGAACCAUUUGCAGAGGAAGGCAUUCGAUAUUGCAAAACCUAUAUGAGGUGCUUGGUCCUAGAACACAUGACUACAUUUCUUUUUACAGUCUCAGAAACUAUGGUAGACUCCGUGACGAUGGUCCUCUUGUUACCAAUCAGGUGUAUGUUCAUAGCAAAAUAAUGAUAAUUGAUGACCGGACGGCCUUGAUUGGUUCAUCAAAUAUUAAUGAUAGGAGUUUGCUUGGAUCAAGAGAUUCCGAGAUUGGUAUAGUUAUUGAAGACAAGGAAUUUGUUGAUUCAUCCAUGAAUGGAAAACCUUGGAAGGCUGGUAAAUUUUGUUUUAGUCUUCGCCUUUCGCUAUGGUCGGAACACCUUGGUCUUUGUGAUAAUGAGAUAAGCAAAAUUAAUGACCUUGUGGCUGACAAAACUUACACAGAUAUUUGGAUGACUACUGCUAAGACAAAUACCGAUAUCUACCAAGACAUCUUUGCAUGCAUUCCCAAUGAUCAUUUACACUCGAGAUCUGAGGUCAGACAAAGCAUGGCAUACUGGAAAGAGAAACUAGGUCAUACUACAAAUGAUUUAGGUGUGGCUUCACAAAAGAUAGAGGCGCAUCCCAGAGGAGAUAGCAGAUUUACAGAUCCCAUGGAAAAGUUAAAAUCGAUAAGAGGACAUCUUGUUUUAUUUCCAUUGGAAUUUAUGUGUCAAGAAGAAGACUUGAGACCUAUGUUCAAUCACACUGAGUUCUAUGUAAAGCCUCAGGUCUAUCAUUAACAAUGAUCCAUCCGUGCCAGGACAUGAUUCUGUACUCGCACAGUUGAUCAUUGCUCUUUUUCAUUCAUGUGGAGGCUGUAGGUUCGAGGCUCUUUGCUGGUGAGACAACUGAUGACACAAGGCAUUUCGAAGUUCUUUGUUGUGCUUCACUAUGUGAUGUGCCGAGAUUUAUACAGUGCUAACUCUUUAGCGCUGGGCGUGGGAUCCAGCAUAACCAAAGUUCCCCUGAUGGUUGUUGAGUCUCAGAUAGUUGUCCAAAUGUCUGUUUAUCUACAUCGUUUGGCAAAAGCUUUCUUAACGCCAAGUUGUCACCGGUCACUAAGACGAGCAAAUUAUGGAAGUGCUUUCAAGUAUUCACGGGUGACCGAACAUCCUGGCACUGGCAUCUCGCCAGUUGAUGUGCAUUGCCAUCAGUGGUGCUGCACAAUUUCCAUUUCCAGAAAGGCUUGGCUGUUGAGUGGCGCAUUUCUAAAAUGGUGUGUUGGGAAAAAAAUCAUCAUCGAGGAUAUCAAGAAAAUAUGUGAUAGCUUCACCUUACUAAUUGGUUUCAUGUACAAGAAUGGCUAACUGUACAGAAUAUUUAGAGAACUUAAGAAUGAGAUUUAUGUUUCUUGUCUGCA